AUGAUUGAAGGUUGGACCAGUGGAAAUAAUGAUAUCGAUAAAUUUAUCAAAGACACAAUUUAUGAUGCAAGAAAUACCAAUAGGGGCUAUGCCAAACUACUUGAAUGGGUACCAUUUGAUAGAUUUGAAGACGUAAAACAAAUUGGCGAAGGUGGAUUUGCAAAAGUAUAUUCUGCAAUGUGGAUUGAUGGCAAUACAAGUUAUGAAAAACAAGAUGAUGGAGGUUGGAAAAAAGAAAAACCUAAACCUAAAAAAGUUGCUUUAAAAAGGUUAAAUGGAUCACAAGAUAUGUCAGCUGAGUAUUUAAAUGAGCUUAAAAUACAUUGGAAAGUAUUUGUUGAGUCGCUUAGGCUUUCAUUAGAAUUUUAUGGAGUAACUAAAGAUCCGGAAACUGAAGAAUUUAUGAUGAUUUUAGAUGUUGCACAGAAAGGAAAUUUAAGAACUUUUCUUUCAAGUUAA